AGCUCUUGAGAAGAAAUCUCUCCGGAAUGCAGAGCAUGAGCUGCGAGAUUUACUGCUGUGACAUGUUCGAAAACACUGUGGCAAAUAUGGAGAAGUGAGGCUGUUCCUCUGUAUGAAGAGUCUGGCCGGAGCUGUCAGAACCACGCCUAUAGGGGCCCACAAUUGGUCCAGAAAGCGUAAAAUCAGCAAUCAAAGGGGCUUGGUUCAUUAGUGUUGGGGAUGGAGGCAGGAAGGACAUGUGAGAUAGUCACAGAUCUGCAGUGAACGGGGCCACAUCUCUCCAGUCAGUGUGGGAUGACUGAGAAACUGCUUAUUUCUCUGAGAGGCACACAGCGCAGCCGGGCUCUGCCUUCUACUGAAGCGCCACUUCUGCUGACGGACUCGGUGCAGGAACCAAAGGAAACGCACAUCAGCAGCAACUCUGGGCUAUUUUCUUCACCCCGAUAACGCGCUGUGUGUUCACUGUGCCGCUUUACAGACAUUACUGAGUGCUGUCGAAGAGCGGAUCUUCUGGCUCUGGGCUGGGGGGAGAUACCAUUAAAAUAUCUGUUAUUUCACUUCGCUUUUUGUGGAUGCACCGAUGAGAGAUCCAGUUUUCACAGGGACUGCAAUGGCUUAUCACCCUUUCCACGCACACCGGCCGACCGAUUUCCCCAUGUCCGCCUUUCUAGCGGCCGCUCAGCCUUCCUUCUUCCCGGCGCUCAGCCUCCCUCCCGGUGCUCUCACUAAGCCGAUCACGGACCACGGCCUGGCAGGGGCGGCGGAGGCUGGGCUCCACCCGGCUCUCAGUCACCAUCAGGCGGCUCAUCUCCGCAGCAUGAAAAGCCUGGAGCCCGAGGAGGAAGUGGACGACGAUCCAAAAGUUACACUGGAAGCCAAGGAUCUUUGGGACCAGUUUCACAAACUCGGAACGGAGAUGGUUAUUACCAAGUCAGGAAGGAGGAUGUUCCCUCCGUUCAAAGUGCGAAUAAACGGCCUCGAUAAAAAAGCCAAAUACAUCCUGCUGAUGGACAUCGUGGCCGCGGACGACUGCCGCUACAAGUUCCACAAUUCCCGCUGGAUGGUGGCGGGCAAGGCCGACCCCGAGAUGCCCAAGAGGAUGUAUAUCCACCCGGACAGCCCGGCCACCGGCGAGCAGUGGAUGGCCAAGCCUGUUGCUUUCCAUAAACUCAAGCUGACCAACAACAUCUCGGACAAACAUGGAUUUGUCCAGACGAUCCUGAACUCCAUGCACAAGUACCAGCCCAGGUUCCACAUAGUGCGGGCCAACGACAUCCUGAAGCUUCCCUACAGCACCUUCAGGACGUACGUGUUCCCCGAGACCGAGUUCGUGGCUGUGACAGCAUAUCAGAACGACAAGAUAACACAGCUGAAGAUCGACAACAACCCGUUCGCCAAAGGUUUCAGAGACACGGGAAACGGAAGGAGAGAGAAAAGGAAGCAGCUGUCCAUGCCUUCGCUGCGGAUGUACGAGGACCAGUGCAAGGCGGACAGGGAGGGCGCGGACUCGGACGCCUCGUCCAGUGAAGCUCCUGCCGGCAGGGACACGGUCCACUCCCCGCUGGGAGCGGGUACCAGUCCGCUGAGGUUCAGCAGGCCAAGUCGAGAUGAUAAAACAUGCACUGACAGCGAGCAAGAGCUGGAGCAUCAAGAUGAGCGCUGCACUGGGUCCAACAGCCCGGGACCCGAACCUGUGUCCCCCUACAGCUCCAGGUGUGAGGAGCGCAUGAGGGAAAGAGCCGUUGCUGAGAAGAAGGAUGACUCUUUAUUCAGUAUAAGGAGCCUCGAGAAGGACAAAGUGGAAAGCAGGCACAGGAAGGACACCACAGACGUGUUAACAAAGGACUCGGAGGCUGGAGGCAUCAGUGCCACUAAGGAUGCCUUCUCCCCUCUUGUAGUCCAGACCGAGAGCCCCUCACACUUCAGCCCAGGCCAUUUACAAAGCUUGGCUCUGUCUGGCCUGCACAGUCAGCAGUUCUUUAACCCUCUGAACACCGGAUCGCCACUGUUGUUUCACCCUGGGCAGUUUGCCAUGGCCCCUGGAGCCUUUUCCGCUAUGGGCAUGGGGCAUCUAUUGGCCUCUGUAUCUGGAACAAGUGGUUUGGAAAAUGGCAGCCUCUCCACCCAGGGCACAGGAGGAACCCCAAACCCCUUCCCCUUCCAUCUGUCCCAGCACAUGCUUGCCUCUCAGGGCAUCCCCAUGCCUCCAUUUGGGGGUCUCUUCCCGUAUCCUUACACCUACAUGGCAGCAGCUGCAGCAGCAGCUUCAGCCUCAGCCCUCCCAGCCACCAGCACAUCCAGUCCGCUCUCCAGGAACCCCUUCCUCGGCUCAUCCAGGCCACGGCUCCGCUUCAACCCCUACCAGCUCCCGGUGUCUCUGCCUCAAAGCUCGAGCCUGCUCACCACCAGCCUGCAGGGAAGCAUCAACCCAGGCUCAGAGUCCUCCAAACCGGGCAGUAGGGAAACCAGCCCAGCACCGGAGCACCACAGCAAUCACAAGACAGGAGGCUCAAGUGGGAGGGUCACGUCUCCCAAAACCUCCGUGAAGGACUCAGUGAACGAGCUGCAGAGCAUCCAGAGACUGGUUAGCGGCCUGGAGGGCCAAAGGGAACCCUCCCCAAAUACAGACUGUCCCAAGUGAUUAAGACUCUCUGUCUGGGAUGAAGACUUGGCUUGAAUACUAGAGGACUAUAAGUGCAUAUGUCCUGUACAGCACAUUACAGAGACUGGGAUGAAGGCAUGACUGAUGGGCGUUGAUGAAGGCCAAUUAUGACUAUUUUUUGGAACAAAGCUGCAGGUAGACAGAAAUAUAGUCUAUGUAAUUAUAUUUAAUCUUUUUCAAUUCACAAGUAUUGAAAGUUUCCUUCAGAGCUGACCUGUUGGAAAGCGUGAAAAGCUUCAGCACCAUCAGACACCAAAGUCCUCCCUGAAAUCCCAGUGUUUUUAGGGUUAGCUUUUGAAGACGGCCAGACCCACCAGAACAAAGAAAAACACAAAACAGAAAAAAAAAAUCCCUGCUGCAAUUCUACACUCAUUAAAUAAAAACGAUUUAGAAAAGAAUAAUAAGGAAAUAACUCAAAUGUGAGGAAAAUAAAGAAUUAAAUAAUCACAACAAAACCCUUUAACCUAAGGCCAAGGACGUCUAUCAGAGAGUCACAGUGACAACAAGCAAACAAGUAGUGAAUUAAAUGUCAUCAUGUCAUAUCACAGGUGGACCACGCAAGGCCACUAUCGGCCUCUUAUAGCGGUCUAACCUGCCCGAGAGCCUGCAGCUCCGCACUGUGCGUGGGGCACUGUGGAAAGUGUGUGCUGUAAAGUUUGGGUAACCUGAAGCACUUGAGCAUCCGAGCCUGGUUUCUAAACUCCACGCCUGAACACGAGGCUUACGACGCCGACAGGCAAGUCUGAUUAUUUCAAAAGGGAUGGAAGGUGAACGUCCCGCCUGCGAGAGGAAGAAAGAACCGUUUAUCAUUUAAUGCCAGAAAAAAAAAAUCUUUCUGAACUAUUUAUGUAAUAAAAAAAAUCUGUAAAUAAAGCUAAGAUCCAAGAAUAUGCAA